AUGGAGUCACCGCUUACAUAUAUUUUGAUUUUACUUUUGAAUGUGUUUGAAUUUUCAUCAGGAGUGGUAUAUAAUAAAUAUGAGAAUACCAACCACUUUUCUUGUUCCAGUAAUGAGGUCCCCACAGACAAGAAAAUAAUCAAGCUGUUUCUUACCACUGGCAAUCUGAAAGUCUACUGUUUUUUCCGAAGUGAGACCACGGAUUCUUCCAGGGCAAUUUUGAGUGUAUUUACAUCAGGAGGCAUUGCUCCCAAGCUGAUAAUCAUGAACAAUACAUACCAUGAUCACUUCCACUUUAAGUUAUCUCUGUUCAACAACCGAGCUCUCUGGUUAAUCGACAUUCCUAGAGAAAACAUCACAGUAAACACAGACAUUGCAGCUGUAGAAGAAUGGAUAAUAAAGGUCACGAUGCAUGAAGGACUAAAUAUUUAUAAUACUGAAGGAACUCUAUUGGAUCUUGUCCGAGAGCCCAUUCUUCAGUGGAAUCUUGGAACUACACUAAGUAAAACACAUGUCCAGAAAUUGUAUCCACAUGUGAUAGAUAUCAAAGUGACAAAGUGCCCCUGUGCCAAUGAUGUGGCAUUGCUGGGCUUUAUUUUGAGCUCAUCAUCUAAUGGUGUUUUCAUAGGCAAGACCAUUUCUGGAUUUUGGGAAUAUAAAGAAACUAAAUGGUAUGACCUGACAGAUAAUAUCUAUUUACAUCUUAAAGAAGAACACAAAGGGCUUACAAUGGUAGAUAUGGUUUUAACAAACCACUUUUUAGUCAUCCUCACCUCUUUGGGUCUUUUUGUAAGUAAUGACCUCCGUUAUCCAGUCUCUUCACACAUACAGCUGUCAAGAGCAGACUUUUGUGGUUUUGAAAUGGUUGACUAUAUCAAAGGAAAACUGUGGUAUAAUGAAAAAUGUUUUGCAAACAGAGAAAAAUUUGAAGUUGAUUAUGUGACCAUCACUUUCGACAGAAACAGGACCCUAAGUGAGUCCAGUUCCUGUUUUUAUAGUAAAGAACCAUUUCUUCAUUGGCUGCCUUGCUUAUCCUCUACUUUUAAAAAUACAAGUAUUUUUCCAGAUGUGAUAACAUUUCUUAUUGACCAAGAAAGUCAAACUGGAAUUUAUCUCCUCCAUAAUCGGACCUCCAAACAAACCUUUGUCUCUGUGUCAGUGCUCAAGGAUGAUAAACCAAACCAAACUCAGCCAAAAUUUCCCAAUUUCAAAUUUCCCUUCUCAUUCUCUAAUCCAGUUGGAAUGGUGUUCCAUCCCCGAAGCCACUUUCUGUAUGUUUAUGGCAAUCAGGUAUGGCUUUCAAUGGAUGGUGGCAAUUCUUUUGAAUUAGUAUGUGACUUUCAACAUAACACUGUAAGGAAGACUGCUCAUAGUUUUUAUACUUCAGAUAUAUCUUUUAUUACACAAAGUGGAAGGAUUUACAAGACAAAGGCAGGAUUGACAAGAUACACUCAGAGUGGAAAAUGGAGUGAUAAAGUUUUCACAAUAUACUAUGAUCACUUGGGAUUCAUACACAAACUGACUCCGGAACACUUUGACACUGGCUCAUCACCUUCAGGCGCUCGAGCUUCUCAUCAUAUUUUUGGAUCGCCUCCUGAUUUGGGAUUUAAUACUGCACUAGCUCCACAGUAUCUCUCUCCCAAUGAGAUGCUUUUCUUUGCGUAUGUACCUCUGACUGAGCCUGAGCACAAUAUACACAACAGGAUAUUUAAAAAUAUUCACCUUGGGAAAGUGAUAAACCACAGUGGGAAAGGUGGAAUUGCUUACAUCAGAAAAUUAUUAGUGCAUACCAAUGGUCCUUUGGGAUUUCAUACCUCAGUCCUCACAGAUGUAAUAAAACCUUUUGGAAUAGAUGAAUAUGGAAGUAUAGGAAGCUAUUUGGUACAUGGUUCUCUUGCUAUUUCAUAUUCUGGAAACAAUUUAUACCACAUUAGUAUUACAACAAAAGUUCUGCAGGCAGUGUUUAGCAAUUCAGAUGUAGAAAAGACUGUGGUGAUACCUGGAUACAGCAGCUUCAUGAUCACACAAAUUCUAGAUGUGAAGAAUGCUUUAUCGCUGGCUACCAUGCCUCACAAAAUAACAUCAACUUUACACUUCCCUGCAAGGACCUGGUACUUAUACAACUUUAGCACAUCUAAUGGACGAGACUGGAGUAUAAAUUUAAGACCAUGUAAUUAUUUGGUUCAACAAGAUGAGCGUAAUUUUAUUUCCCCCAACGUGGUGAAGUAUAUUGAUGUAGGACAUGAAGAGAAUUAUGAACUUAAGGUGAUGGCUAAUACAAAAGGUAUGAGAGUACUUCAUGUCCCACCAGUCAGUGUGGUUGUUGGAAACCCAGCGUUACUGGAAGUUAAGACAGAAGGCUAUUUUGACAUCACUGAUAGCUACCAUAUGAAGGUUCACAUAGCUAGCAAAUUUUUCCGAAAAGGAUCCACUUCACUAGCAGUGGUUGUGUGGGAAUCAGCAACUCAGUGCUCUGUUACUACACUGGUGCCAACCAUGAAGAGCAGUUGCAGCUACCUCAGGACCAUGCACCACAUUCCUGGCCGACACAUACCUCCUGAAGACUGGAUUAGUGGAGUUCACAAGGACAGCCAGGGUUUCAAUAUGAUCAAAACUCUGCCAAUAAACUACAGACCUCCGUCUAAUAUGGGGAUUUCUAUUCCACUCACAGAUAAUUAUUAUCAUGCAGACCCUAGCAAACCGGUACCAAGAAAUCUAUUUCACAAGUCAAAGGAAACUGGCAAAUACAAGCAAUGUGCUCACGCUAGGAAUCGGGAAAUGUGCAACUGCACAGAACAUCAAAAGUUCUCCCAUGCUGUCGCUUUCUCAGAUUGCAAAGAAAAGGUUCAUCGUUUCAAGUUUCCAGUCAUACAAUACCCAGUUGUUUUGGAAAUUAUUGAUGAAAAAGAAAAAAUAUCCGUAAAACCUCCAUAUUUGGUUACCAUGACUGAAGUGAAUAGGAGGCAAAACUGGCAACUAAAACACAAUAUGCCAGAAAAUGUUAAGAAAAUGAAGGAUUACUUAGAGCCAAGGCUUAAGACUCCAGUGUAUAAUCCUUUUGGUCUCAACCUAAGUAUAAGGGGCUCUGAGCUAUUUCACUUCAAGGUGUCUGUGAUUUCUGGGGUCACCUUUUGUGACUUACAUGAAGAAUUUCAGAUUUAUGUCGAUGAAGUACCAUUGCCUUUUCCAGGACAUAUACUAAUUGCUGUUGCAGCAUCUGUAGUGCUAGGGGGAUUAAUUUUUGUAGCAUUUAUAUUCCAAAUGCGCAACAUCCACCCAUUGAGAGCAUUCCGGAAAUAUGUUAGAAAAAGCACUGCACACCCAUCAAAUACAACUAUCAGCUCAUAAGUGAAAGUCUGCAUAGUGAACAAAUUAUAAUCAUCAAUUAUCUAUAUUUUCUAGUUCCAUUAAACAUGUCCACACGAUACAUUUAUGUUUUUAAAAUACAUAUUAGGUACAAUGUUAUAGGAUUAUUAUACUAUUAUAAUUCUAG